GGCGCCCGGCAUGGCGGCGGCGGCGGCGGGCGGCUGAGGGGCGGCGAGGGGCGGCCAUGGUGUCGCCGGCGGCGCGGCUGGUGGGGCAGGGCGUGUGGGCGGCGCUGACCGGCGGCUGGUACCACGACCCGGAGCAGGGCGCCUUCACCAACAGCUGCCACCUCUAUCUGUGGCUCUUCCUGCUGACGCUGCCGCUCGCCAUGCACCUGGCUUGUCCAGCAAAUACAGUUACGGCUUUUGCAUAUUGCAGCUUAGUGACAGUGUUCUUCACAGCAAUUAAGGUGAUCAGUUACCGUCUGCACCUUAUGUUUGAUAAAGGCGAAGCAAUUCAACAACAGGUCCCAAGAAAAAAUGGAAGGCAGUGUAAAGAUGCAGAGGCCCUGAAAGAAAACACAGUUCUUCAGCCCUCAAAUCAUAGCAAUAAUUUUGGGGAUAAUGGUGUAAUUGGUGAGACCAACCAAAAUGGCUCUACCCUGACAAUACACGACAGUUUGAGGCUAGAAGGUCUCCGCUCACAGAGCUCAUCUGGGGCAACGGACCUGCCAACACGGGAAACUAUUGAAGAUCUCAAAGGGGUUACAGUAUUAGAAGACCAGGCUGUACCACCAGUUUCAUCUACCUCACCUGGUAUCAAAGCGGAUGUAUUACCAGUUUCCUCAGCCUCUGCUUCAGGUUCUACAACAUCAGCAAUAGUGACAAAACCAUCUGCUGUGGGAACACUUUCUGGAGCUGGAAUAAAUCAAAGCAGAGAGAAUGAACAACGUGGAUCGCAAGCUAUUCUCAUGGACAAAGAUGUAGCUAAAAAUUUAUCUAAUAUUUCUUCAUCCCAAGGUGAUAUUUUAAGGACUGGAGUUUCUUUGGAACCAUGGGACAGUGAAAAUUCAGUUAUUUCAGACCAUUUGAGUAAUCCAAGAAGUCACAAAAGAGAGAAAUUGCCAGAUGGCUCACUGCAGGCAAGUUUUACCAGUAACUGCCCACAGUGCAGUGCUUUUGCAACCAAAGAUCCUGAGCUUGUGGAAAGUUCUUGCAGUGCUGAUAGUACCAAUGAAGACCUUGACUGCUCAGAUAGUGAGACUGCUGUUGCAAUUGUUGACAACUCUCUUCCAGGAGACCAACUGUGUGAGCCUAUUAAAAUUGUCAUCACGAUGAGCAGCGCACCAAACAGCACCCUCAGUGACCUUGCGGGCUCUGUCCAUCUGAGGGCCCUGGGUACUGAGAGAACGAGCUCAGCUCUUGAGUCUGGUAUAGUCACAGCAGAUUGGCAAAGUCAGCAGACUAAUGAGCAGCUCAGAAUUCCUGUUAUAACUUUUGAUUUGUCUGAUGACAGCAAAGCUAAUGACUGUCUAGAAGUUACUGAAAGUGAAAGAACUCCAGAAAUGUUGAGGACAGAUCUGUCAUCCAACCACUGCUCUGGCUAUGAAUCUGGUGAUGCAGUAAAGGAACACAGCAAUCCUGUAAAUGCUCCUUUGGAAACUAACACUUGUUCAGAUCCAAAUCAGAAGAAUACUUCUGAAGCUGUCCAAAACAUGGGUUUGAGUUCAAAAGAAGAACUACAGAGCCUAGAUCCUCAAUCUUGUAGAACUGCUCAUGAAAAGAGGCACAUGCGGGUGCUGAGCGUAGACAGUGGGACAGAUGUGCUUUUAAGUAAGAAUUUUGUGGAGGCGUCUGACAAAGAGAAGACUUUACCAACUUCUAAAUCUGAUCUAGAAGCUAAAGAAGGACAGGUGCCCAAUGAGUCUAAUUUUCUAGAGUUUGUCUCCCUCCUGGAAUCCAUUAAUACCUCAAAGAUGAAAGCGUCUAAUCAGUCUACUGUCAAAAUGGAGGCUACGAAAGAAAACGUCCCCACUGGAGAUAGCCAGAUGACAGAGAGAAAAGAAGAAGUGAUGGGAACAGAAAAGCACCGUGAGCAACUUCCUAAGCAGGAAAGAUCAGAUGUACAAAGCCAAGAUCGUGCUAGUACUAGUCCGGUGCUACCAGAGUCUGCCAAAUUUACAGCACUUUACCAGGGCAACAGGCAAAGGCAGAUAAUCUACCGAGUAACUUCUCAGCAGGACAGUUCUGUCUUGCAAGUAAUAAGUGGACCUGAGGCGUCUGUACAAGAUGAGCUGUCCGUGGAUGCAAUGCAUGUGUUCAUAGAUGAAAACGGGGAAAUUAGGUCCUGUUAUUUAAAGGCUGGCUGUCAGAAGGAAGGAAAUUUUCGACAUCAACUAUCAAACUGUGAUUGCAUUUCAAAUGCUCAUGAGAUACAGUUCAGUUCGUCUAGUACCACCACUUCAGAGAGCCAAGAACCAUCUUCUGGGGAUCAAGCAGCAAGUGCUCUUCAGCAGCAGCUCCUCCUAAUGGUGGCACGAAGGACCCUCUCAGAAACCCCACGGCAACCCAGUCAGGACCCUGAAGAUUCUUCACGUUCUUCAGCACAACGGAAAUUGAACAGGCAGUUUUACCGAUUUAUUAUAUUCCCUGGUAAAUGGAUUAAAGUCUGGUAUGAUCGACUGACCUUGUUGGCAUUGCUGGACCGGACAGAGGAUAUAAAGGAGAAUGUACUUUCUAUCCUCCUAGUAGUUCUUGUCUCACUUCUUGGAUUCCUGACUCUGAACCAAGGCUUUUGCAAAGACAUUUGGGUUCUGUUGUUCUGUCUCGUUAUGGCCAGUUGCCAGUAUUCUCUCCUAAAGAGUGUCCAGCCUGAUCCUGCUUCACCAGUACACGGGCACAAUAAAAUCAUAACCUACAGCAGACCUGUAUAUUUUUGUAUAUUAUGUGGCCUUAUUUUGCUGCUAGAUGCCGGAUCUAAAGACACAAAUCCUUCUGUUUAUACAAUGUAUGGCUUGAAGCUUUUUUCACCUAGAUUUCUCCAGUCAGCCAGAGACCAUAUAAUAGUGUUUUUAUAUUGCUUUCCUGCAAUUUCCCUUCUUGGUCUUUUCCCUCAAAUCAACACCUUCUGCAUAUAUCUUUUGGAGCAAAUAGACAUCUUGCUUUUUGGUGGUUCUGCUGCCUCUGGAUUAAUGUCUGCACUCUACAGCAUUUCCCGAAGCUUUGUGGUUCUGACUGUCCUGUACGCAUUUUGCUUCAGUGCAGUGAAGGAACCCUGGGAUGCGCAACACAUUCCAGCACUGUUCUCUGCUUUCUGCGGUCUGCUAGUUGCACUUUCUUAUCACCUCAGCAGACAAAGCAGUGACCCAUCUGUACUGAUGUCCCUUAUUCAAUGCAAAUACGUCCCUCACUUUCUACGUCAACAAUUUGAAGAUUCAUCAGCAGAUCCACUCCCAGAAAAAAUGAGAGAAUCAGUGAAAGAAAUUUUGAAAUCGGAUCUCAUUGUCUGCACAGCGGCAGCUGUUCUGUCAUUUGCUGUCAGUGCCAGCACUGUGUUUCUAUCAUUAAGGCCAUUUCUCAGCAUUGUCCUGUUUGCUUUAGCAUGGACCGUGGGAUUCGUAACACAUUACAUACUUCCUCAGCUUCGCAAGCAUCACCCCUGGCUGUGGAUCUCCCACCCUAUACUUAAGAGCAAAGAACACCAGCAACGGGAAGUGAGAGAUGCUGCUCAUUUGAUGUGGUUUGAAAGACUAUAUGUGUGGCUUCAGUGCUUUGAGAAAUAUGUCUUAUAUCCAGCUAUAAUAUUGAAUGCCCUCACCAUUGAUGCUUUCUCCAUUAGUAAAUACAAGAAGCUUGGUACACACUGUGAUAUUAUUUUGAUAACAGUUGCUGGGAUGAAACUCCUCCGUUCUUCGUUCUGUAAUCCUAUUAAUCAGUUUGUUACUUUGAGCUUUACUGUAAUCUUCUUCCGAUUUGACUACAGAGACAUUUCAGAAAAUUUCCUGCUGGAUUUCUUCAUGAUGUCCAUCGUGUUUCACAAGCUGUGGGACCUACUGCAAAAGUUGCAGUUCAUCAUGACAUACAUCGCUCCCUGGCAGAUUGCCUGGGGGUCAUCGUUCCAUGUUUUUGCUCAGCUCUUUGCAAUACCUCACUCUGCCAUGCUUUUUUUCCAAACUCUGGCCACUUCAGUCUUUUCUACUCCACUGAGUCCAUUUCUUGGUAGUGUCAUCUUUAUUGCAUCAUACGCAAGACCGAUCAAGUUCUGGGAGAAAAACUACAACACCAAGAGGUCGGACCAUUCCAACACAAGACUGGCAAUUCAGAUUGAAAAAGAUGCAGGAAAUGAUGACAAUAAUCUCAACUCCAUUUUUUAUGAACAUUUGACAAGAUCCCUGCAGGAGUCUCUUUGUGGAGAUUUGAUUCUGGGCCGCUGGGGAAAUUACAACACAGGAGACUGUUUUAUUCUAGCAUCGGAUUAUUUAAAUGCCUUUGUACACUUGAUCGAAAUUGGAAAUGGCCUGGUCACUUUUCAACUCAGAGGGCUGGAAUUUCGAGGGACUUACUGCCAGCAGAGAGAAGUGGAGGCUAUAACAGAAGGAGAUGAAGACGAUGAAGGCUGCUGCUGUUGUAAGCCAGGACACUUGCCUCACUUGUUAUCAUGUAAUGCAGCCUUUAACCUCCGAUGGCUGACAUGGGAAAUAACACGAACCCAAUACAUCCUCGAAGGAUAUAGCAUCAUUGAUAACAAUGCUGCAACAAUGCUGCAAGUGUUCGAUCUGCGGAGAAUUCUUAUCAGAUUCUAUAUAAAGAGUAUAAUAUACUUUACAGCGAGCUCUCCCAAAAUUCUGGAAUGGAUAAAAGAUGAGUCCAUCCAAAAGACACUGCAGCCUUAUGCAAAGUGGCAUUAUAUUGAACGUGACCUUGCAAUGUUUAACAUUAACAUAGAUGAAGAUUAUGUUCCCUGUCUCCAAGGAAUAACAAGAGCUAGUUUCUGCAGUGUUUAUCUGGACUGGAUUCAGUACUGUGCCAGGAAAAGGGCAGAGCACUUGGACAGUGAUGAGGAUUCUCCACUAGUAACGCUUUCCUUUGCUUUGUGUAUACUGGGCCGAAGAGCUUUGGGAACUGCAUCUCACAACAUGGCCAUCAGCUUAGACUCCUUUCUGUACGGCCUCCACGCGCUGUUCAAAGGGGACUUCCGGAUAGCGGCGAAGGACGAGUGGGUCUUCGCAGACAUGGAUCUGUUGCAUAAGGUGGUUGCCCCAGCAAUCCGCAUGUCUCUGAAGCUCCAUCAGGACCAGUUCACCUGCCCGGAUGAGUAUGAGGACCCAGCAGUAUUGUAUGAAGCAAUCCAAUCUUUUGAAGAAAAGGUCGUGAUCUGCCAUGAAGGGGACCCAGCCUGGCGCAGUGCUGUCCUCUCCAACAGAGAAGAGCUGCUGACCCUGAGGCACGUGGUAGAUGAAGGAGCGGAUGAAUAUAAAGUUAUCAUGCUCCACAAAAGCUACUUGAGCUUCAAGGUUAUAAAGGUCAACAAGGAGUGUGUCAGAGGACUGUGGGCUGGGCAGCAGCAGGAGCUGAUUUUCUUGCGCAAUCGUAACCCGGAGAGAGGAAGCAUCCAGAACAAUAAACAGGUCUUGCGGAACUUAAUUAAUUCUUCAUGUGACCAGCCACUGGGAUAUCCAAUGUACGUUUCCCCUUUAACCACCUCGUACCUUGGGACACACAACCAACUGAGGAACAUCUGGGGGGGACCAGUCAGUUUGGACAACAUUAAAAAGUGGUUCAGAUCCAAAUGGUUAAGGAUGCGUAAGGACUGCCAUGCAGCUCACCAUGACAGAGGCAACGUUGAAGAAGCGGAUACUGGAGGAGGGUCUGGCAGCAACUCCACAGGUAACUCAAGCCAGAGCAGCAGCUCGCAGCACACCAGAGAUGGAACCCCUCAGCUGCAGCCUUCAUCGCAAGAGGCCCACCAGCGUGCAGGCAGGAGGAAACACAGGAGUCAGUCUGUCCAGGCACACACUGCCUUAAACCAAAGGCCCCCUGUUUCAAGUCACUCUGGACCAAUCGCAGAAAGCCGCCAGCCUUUCAUCCAGACAUCUACAUCUGCCCACGAAAUCGCCCAAAGGCUCUCAGGCAGCCAGCUGUCGUUCCACAACUCGGCGACGUCUGUGUUUUCUCAGCCCCCAGCCGUUCCCGCUGCUGGCCAGCUGACUGUGCAGGACCGAGCUGCUGCGAUGCUCAGGUCCAGUCUGGCCUCGUCCACCAGCUCCACUCUCAGCCUGCUGUUCGGCAAGAGGAGUUUUUCAAGUGCUUUGGUGAUUUCUGGGCUCUCAGCUGCAGAUGGAGGUAACACCAGUGACACCCAGUCGUCCAGCAGCAUGAACAUCGCCAUGGGUCCAUCUGCUAGAGCCGCAAGUCAGGCUACUCGGCAGCUCACCGAGACCUGCGAUGCGACCGACGCUACAGAAUCUAAACCGCGGCGAGAGCAAGGGCUGUCCCAUGCCAUACUCGUGAGUCAGACCCUGGAGUGCCGAAGGGCCAGCCAAGAAGACAUGGCCCUGGAAGACACGGCCUCUCAGCAAAGCCUGUCUGAGGAGCAGUAAGGAUGAUUGGUAGCGCAAGGGUCACACGUUUCUCAAAAUUCAAGACAGAGUUAAGUCAGGGAGCUGCAGGUGGGUUUAUGUUCUUUCAAAUUUAACACGCAACCUCCAGCCGUUUAUUUUUCUAACUUUUAAGCUAGAAUAUGACAGGGCACGUGUUCUUCAGCUACAGGCCUUGGCAUGGGUAGGGUUGGAAGAUGUCCUGAAAAUCAUGGUGCCGCUUCAUCUCAGGUUCUUGUAAAUCCUAGAAACACGAACACAACCUGUGUGACGUUCCUGCCCCUGCAGAGGUGUUGGCACACUAAUGGUGACAAAAUAAAGCGUAACAGGUGGUGAACGAGUGAAUACAAUGGGAGAUACUGACACAGCUUAGCGAAAAGCACACAAGACAUCUUUCCUGCCAUAGCUAGACAGCUGAUUGCAUGCAAACUAAUUGGCAUUUGAUAUAUAAUGUAUAACAAAAGGCAAUUUUGAACAGAAGCAGUGAACACGUAAAAGGACAGUACAACGUGUACUGUAGUAUUAGAGAUAAAUCUGAUCUGAUUUUUUUCCCCCAACAGCAAAUCUCUUUAUUUUCCUCUAACACGUUAUGCAGGUGGUAAUUAGCAACAUAGCAUCACACAGACUGAUAUACUGCAUGCAGCUAUACUGAAACAUUGUGUGAACGAACCUUGCUAAACACAUUAACAAAAGUCCAGCGCAAGAAAGAAAGUAGCCAGUGCAUGGGAAGCCUUCACAAAGCAUAUGGUGCACCUUAUUUGCGAAGAAAGCAGCUCUGUAUAAACAGCUGCUCUUAGGUAGAGUCUCAUGCUCCUGUUCGGUUUACAACAGUGUUUCUCAAAUUCCAGGCAACCAGCCCUCCUGGGAGACGCAAAAGGGCCCAGGAGAGUUCUCCCCGAGGACAGCAAAGUGCAAAGCAGUCUGUAAUUACUGUCUGCGUUUGUAUUGGGCAGGGAACAACUCGAUGCCUUUAAUUGGUGGACACAGCUCAGUGUCCAUAAACACAUGUACACAGUAAUUACACAGCACUCUGAUUUCCCUCCCCCAGAGAAAUUGAGCUGCUGCCAGUUUAACAGUUGCAUAAAGGCAGACGAAGCAAAAGGAGACUGUGCUCUCACAAAAGUUUGAGAAACACUGAUUUACAGGAAUGCAUGACUAUUUCGGAAGCCAAAAGGCUACAACAAAUCCUUAAUGUAAUAUAGAGCAUAAACACACGCGCGUUCUCUCUCUUUUUUUUUUUUAAUUAAAAAAUUUGCAGCUAUCUGUGUCUCGCUAUCCCUCUUCACUGUAACUACCACAGAUCGUUUCGACUUCUCCUCACGCUGAUGUGCAGCCAGGCUGUGGCGUCCCAAUUAACAGGGAAGAUUUACCAAGAGAUGCCAGCUAUUGGCAUUAGAUAAUACACUGUUGCAUUCUGAGCUUCCUCGUGUGCCACACUUGAGAUUACAAGUAGGAGAACCAAACAACAGCGAGUGAAAAUAAAACCGUCCACGUAUGCUUUGUGUGGCAGCAGUU